UGGCCGUCGGGGCGGAGGGCGGUGGCCGGCCGCGGUCCGGGCGUCAGGCCGGGCGGCGGGGGCGGCAGGGAGGCGGCGCUCUGGGGCCGCAGGCGGACGUACUCUGUGAGCCGCGCCCGGGCGCCUGGGCAGGCGCCUCCCGAGUACCGGCGCCCAUUUUGCCCGCCCGCUAAGGAGACCCGUGCGCGGCCUACACGCUUGGGGGACAGCCCUUUAAGACGACAUCUCCGCGAACGCCGGCCUCUUGAGCCAGGGGGACGCUCUUUUGAAAGUCAGUCCCAAAACAGUUAAGGUUUUAUUUUAUUUUGUUUUAUUUCCAAGUCACAGCCCCCGAAUCUCGUACAACUCUCCCUGGACCACUUCCGGUUGCCGGCCCGCGCCUCAUAACUUCGGUUCGAGUGACCUCGGCCCGGGAUGCCCCUCGGCUCACCCCGGGCUCACGUCGCGAUCCUGGCUUGAGUGGCCCAGGGUGGGAGACCUGGAAGUUUUAGCCUAGCUGUUCUCAAGGCGGAUUAAUUAGCCCAAGAAACAUUAUAUUCAUUUUUCUGGAUAUGCCGCAGAAGGAUCCGUGCCAGAAGCAAGCCUGUGAGAUACAGAAAUGUUUACAAGCCAACAACUACAUGGAAUCAAAGUGUCAGGCUGUCAUCCAAGAACUGCGUAAGUGUUGUGCUCAGUAUCCCAAGGGAAGAUCUGUCGUCUGUUCAGGAUUUGAAAAAGAAGAGGAAGAAAACCUAACACUGAAGUCUGCAUCAAAGUAAAGUUUCUGCUGAAGUGCUGCUCCAUGUUUCCACCAAAUGAAUUUUUUUUAUCCUCCUGACUUUCUUCAGGUCAGGUAGCAGCAAAUAGCAAAUGAAAAAGUCAGUUAUAAAAGUUAAUGAAUAUGCCAUCUAUGCAGAACAGGCAGAAAUAUAAACACAUUAAAAGACAAAUAUGUAGAAUGUAAUAUACUGAGCUGCUAAAAUAAACCUGUUUAAGAGAAAAA